AUGGCGUUCACCACCCUUCUGCUGCUGCUGGCGCUGGGCGCAGGUAUGUGUGCCACGCUCACCACCGAGACCACCACAGAGACGACCACGACCGGCACAACCACUACGGAGACGACCACCACUGACACGACCACCACAGAGACAACCACUGAGACAACCACCGCUCCCAUGACCGCCGCUCCGAACAUCACCAUCUCCAAAAACACAAGCGGCAACGGGACCCAAGCCUCCUCCCACACCACAGUCUUCCCCACCACGGGCAACACCACAAACUUCCAGUCCGGCAACAGCUCCUCAGGCAACGCCACAGCCAAGAGCACCGCGGUGCCUGUCUCUAGCAGCGCUGCCAUCUCCCAUGCCAGUGCCACCGCAAGCAGCAGCAACUGGGUCCCCCCCUUCGGCACCAACACAACCAACAGCAGCUCCACGGCUCCCACCUCCCCUGCAGGUGGUGGCACGGUGGUCCCCACCUCCAGCGCCAAAGGCAACGGGAGCAGCAGCACUCAGGUCAUCCCCACACGGAAAACCUCUGUCGCCGCUCAGCGCAGCACGGCUCCCAGGCAUACCCCCACGGCAGUGCUGGGCGGCGGCAGCAGCGCUCCCAACCCCAGCAAAACCACAGGCCUGCUUCCCUCCGCGGUCCAGCUGCUCCGCCGCGUCCCACUGUCCUUCCGCAUCCUCAACAGGAGCUUCAACGAGAGCCUGCGCGACCCCACGUCGAAGGAGUACGUGAGCCUGAGCCACACUGUCUUGACCAUGUUCGAAUACGUCUUUGGCUGCGCGAGCUGCGUGGACAGGCAGACCUACAAGGGAUGCAGCGAGCUCCAUUUCAGCCAAGGCUCAGUGGAGGUGCAGUCCACCCUCGUGUUCGGGCAUGGCAACAACACCGUCACCAGCAAUGCCGCUGAGCAGCAGCUGAGGAACAGCCUGGAUCAGAACGGCUUCAUCAUGGACCUGCAGCUGGCCAGCAUCCAGAGCACUGUGGAGGUGACGUCCCCGGCACCGGUGCCUGUGGUCCCGGAUUGGGCCAUUGCUCUGCUGGUCCUGGUCUGCAUCCUGCUGCUGCUGAGCAUCCUCACCUGUCUUCUGAUGACCACCUGUACCUGCCGCCGGAAAAGCCGAGGGAAGCUGGACCUGUUCAGCACGAAGGACUCUUACCACCCCAUGGCCGAGUACCCCCAGUACCAGAGCCACGGGCGCUACGUGUCACCCAACAGCAAACCCAACCCCUACAGCCAGGUGGCCAGCAGCAAUGGCGCGGGGGCCGGCACCUUCACCUACACCAACCCCACCGCCGCCUCCGACAACCUCUGA